GAGCCACAGGUUGCAACGUUACAGUAAACGGAAACCAGUUAUUGCGGGUAAUGGAUCUAAGCCGUCGGAUCGGAUGAUGGUCCCGACGGGACGACAAUGAGUGGUACACUGGUACUUCAGACGAGAUCUCGUGACCUCUGAUGAGAAAUCAUCGCCGCUGCUUCCAUACCACUUGAACGCAUCUUUUUUAGAUGCACGAGGACAGGCAGCUUUAAGCCAUCCAUCGUACCCUUUUCGUCCAGGAAGAAGACAUGGCGAACAAAGUGACAACCAUCUCCGAUCUGCUUCAACGAGUCGCCUCCUCCUGUCUCACACAUCGUCUUCCCGGAGGCCACGCGCUCGAAGACGGCGACUGCGAUGAGGGCGAAAUUGAUCGGGCUGAGGAAGCAAAGGCACAACCCAACGAAGAAGAGGAGGAGGAGGAGGAGGAGGGUCUUAGGAUCUGGGAAGAGGACGGUCAAAGGGCAUCCACUGUCCCUGGAUUUUCCCACAAGGUCAAGAUCAGGGAGAUGGAGGGGUUCAUGUACGAGGUGUUCGAUGCGGUCUCCGCGGUGAAGCGGGCGUACGUGGGUCUUCAGGAGGCGCACAACCCCUGGGACCCGGAGAAGUUGCGGGUGGCCGACGCGGCGGUGGUGGCUGAGCUCCGGAAGCUGGGGAGGCUGAGGGAUCGGUUCCGGCGGGGGUGCGUCAGCGCCUCCGCCGCUGGGCCGACGGCGGUGCCGCUGAGGGAUGCGGUGGCGCCGUACGAGGCGACGAUCGACGAUCUCAAGAGACAGCUGAGGGCGAAGGAAGUGGAGGCGGAGAGCCUCAAGGAGAAACUGCGGAGCGCCACGCUCGGCAGCUCGGGAAGGAGAGGGCGGCUCUAUUCCAGCAAGAGGUUCGGAUGCGUCGCUGUCCCCGGUGCGCCGGGCACGGCCACGCCGGAGCUGUUCGAGGCGUACAUGGAGAGAGUGAAGUUUGCGUCCAAGUCCUUCACCGGCCACCUCCUCUCCCUCAUGCGCUCCGCCCGCUGGGACAUCGUCGCCGCCGUCAGGACCAUCAUCGAUGCAGGCGGCGGCGACGACGCCGAAUACCGUCCUCUGGCCAUCCCCGACCUGGAGCCCCGCGACGCCAAGUACGCCCUGGAGUCGUACGUGAACCGCAAGUUGUUCCAAGGGUUUGAGAACGAGACAUUCUACCUAGAGGGGUCGCUGAGCUCGCUGAUCAACCCGGCGGAGUUCCGGCGCGACCGCUUUACCCAGUUCCGGGACAUGCGGGGGAUGGAACCGGAGCAGCUGCUGGGCAUUCUCCCCAGGUGCCCCUUCGGGCGAUUCGCGGCCAGCAAGUACCUGGCUGUCGUGCACGCGAAGUUGGAGGAGUCGCUGUUCGGCGCCGGGUCGGAGCAGCGGCGGCAAGUGCUGGAGGGGGCGCAUCCGCGGACGGGGUUCUACAGUGAGUUCCUCCGGCUGGCCAAGGCGGUGUGGCUGCUCCACCUGCUGGCCUUCGCGCUGGACCCGGCGCCGUCCCACUUCGAGGCGAGCAGGGGGGCGGACUUCCAUCCUCGCUACAUGGAGAGCGUCGUCCGGUUUGCGGGAGGGCGCGUGCCGCCCGGCUUGGUUGUUGGGUUUCCGGUCGGGCCGGGCUUUAAGCUUGGUGACGGAUCGGUGAUCCGCGCCAGGGUCUACCUCGUCCGCGGGCCCCUCCCGCGGCCUCAGUGACGCGGAAAUAAUUAACCACGGUGUAAUUCGUGGGGUGAGUAAAUCUGAGUUGCUAUUUCCGUCGAUUACGUUUGUAACAUGUUGAUCUAAUUAGUUUAAACCGAGCACAUCCUACUCCGAAUAA